AUGUCGCCGUCGCGGGCAUUGUUGGAAGGUGGCGCCAAGAUCCACCCGGCGGAUCAUCAGGGGCCAGUGCUCUAUCGCCCUCUCAACUACAUCGCAACAGCCAUCGCCGAAACGUGCACGACCAAGGAGGACACGGACAAGAUGAUAGAGAAGUAUUGUGAAUUCGUUGCAAGCAUCCGGCAGUUUCAUCUCGACCGUGCUGUCAAGUCAAUACCUGUCCGGCGCAAGGGUCACAACUGGCUGAGAACGAUUGGUAGACGCCUCCGCCGCUCGCUGUCGUCCUCCAAGAGUCUUCACCCUUCACUGGAGGCUCGUCCAGCUGCCGUCGGUGAGACCGAUGACGCGCCGUCCGCCAUGGCGACGACGGUCACGACGACCUUGAGGUCAUCGGCAUCAACGGCCACAGGGAAACGAAGCAAUGACUCAAGUGCUGGUUUUAUCAACAGAGCUCCGUGCUUCUCGGUGCGGCGGCGGCGCGUGUCCAUCUUGCGGCGCUGCUUGGCCGCCUGCUCGAGCUCCUCCUCGUUCUCGCCGGAGAUUCAGUGGGAAGUCUCGUCGUCUCAGGCUUCGCCGACGCGCCAGUGCGCCAGCACCGAGUUGUCGCGGAAGUCGCUUGUUACUACGCUCGGCCCGACGUAG